GGGCUGUGUUACUGGGUGGGCUAGAAAUUUUCGAAUUAAUUCUAUUUCGCAUUGAUUAAUUGCUUUAUGAUAUAACUACGACUACUGCAACACAUUCAAAUUGGGUUGCGCUUGCGACGCAAGCAAUUUUUGGAGGACUACAAACAACUAAAAAGACUGAAACUCAACGAUUUCUAAUCACACUCGAAAGACUUUCUACCACAAAACCACGAAGUAACAUCACACAUUGCUGACAGCCACAGCGGAAAAACGCUCGCCACACAUACGACACAUAUCACUCAGAAGAAGAAAAAAAAGUGUGCCAAAGCCAGCCCGCCUUUAAGCCACACGGCCGCAAUCAGCAUAAAAACAAAUAAGAAUUUGUAUAAAUACAGAAGAGCAAAGCGGAUCAGAGCAACAAAUAAACCAAUUGGCUGGCCGCUUGGCGACUGUAGUGAAAAUUGAUGCACACAGGGGGCGCUGCAGAGGCACGGGCCGUGUUUUUCCGAGUUUCGCUUUGGACAACGACGACGACAACCAAUAAAACAGUUCCAGAAUGAACGGCAAGACGCCAUUAAAUAGUGGCGGAGCCAGCGUUGAUUUGUACAUAACGCACCUGGAUCAUGUGGGACCCUAUUUAAAACUAUACGGGCAGGCUAAUCGGGAUGCCGCCUUUCUGGUCAGCACGCGCAUCGAGACGCUGCUGCCCACUUGCUUUGCCAUAGACCCAAGCUGGUCAAAUGAGCGCCAACAGGCGCUCCUCACACCCGGAACCUUUUGUGUCUUCAAGCGGACAAAUGGCGCCGCGCCCGGGGAUGUGGAGUAUAUGCGGACGCGUGUGCUCAGCGCUGGGCUCGAUGACAAACACCUGAACAAUCGCAGCCAGAUGCGCGUCGAGAUUGAGUUUCUUGAUUAUGGCUACAAGCGAAAUGUGAGCAGUCGCGAUCUGCUCUUCUCGAAACAGCCGCAGCUGCUGCAGAAUAUUCCAGUGCUCUGCUCGCAGUACAUUGUGCUCGGCAUUUGCUCGGAAUGGGAUCAGUCCGAGCUGGAUACAGUGAAGCAGCUGAUGGUAAAUCAUGUGGUCAGCAUCAAGGUGGAUAGCACACAAAUCUGUGGCCAAAAAUUUGCCAGCGUGCGCUGGAAGGAUUUUGAGCUUAACGAAUUCCUGGUGCAACAGAAGCAAAUUGGCGCGCCCAUUGCCAAUGAAUUGAUCAUGGAUCACUGCAAGAAGUUGUGGAAGGCAGCACCACCCUCGCCCGUCAUUGAGUACAAUAACAACAAUAUCCAGAGCACGGGCGGCUCACCGAAGACGCCCACAGACGUAGCUCGCGAACAGAUUGCGGCACGCUACUCGCUAGCCGCUCGCCUGGACGUGCACCGCACACUGGCCACAACAUCACCCCGCCCUCUGAAAACCACCAACGACUAUACACAACCCAAGCAGCAGCAGCAGCAACUGGUGCAGGUGCAGCCGCCAGCUAAAAUUUCGCUACCCACACCAUUAGCUAAUUUAACAAAUGUUUUGCCGAACAUCGUCCAGGUAGCACCAACGCACCCUGUUAAUGCUCAGAAGGCCGCAUAUGCAGCGGUCAGUCAUCCAUACAAUCAACAUAGUGCCAAUAAUCAAACUUCCAAAUCAUCGUCGGGGCUGUUGCCCGCGCACAAUGUCUUCGCGCCCAAAACUAGUCCCAGGCCACUGAAUAUGUAUUAUAAUGUGCGCCUCAAUAAUCCCAUGCAGCCACAGCCGUUAUUGCAGCAGCCAGCUUUGAAUUUUGUGCCCAUACCACGUUAUGCACUGGGUCAACCACCGGCUGUGGCGGCGGCGGCUGCGCAAAAGCAGCAACAACAGCUACAGCCCAUCGUUCCGGCCUUUCGCACCACCAGCCUGACCGUGGGCUUGACCUACGAUGUAUAUGUGAGCUUUGUGGAAAAUGGCCCGCAUUUGUUUUGGGUGCAGCUGAAGAGCGCCAACGGGGAUCUGAAUGCAAUGAUGAGCCGAAUCGAACGCAUACGUCUGCAGACGCUCACCCAGUUUCCGGGCGUGGGCACUGCAUGCGUGGCGCGCUUUUCCGAGGAUGGCAAUUUCUAUCGUGCCUUAGUCAGCGCCGUUUACGGCCAGAGAUUCCGUGUUGUCUAUGUGGACUAUGGCAAUUCGGAGCUGGUAACGCUGGCAGAUCUCUAUCAGAUACCUGAGGAGCUGUUGCUGAUCAAACCGUUUGCCUUUCGUUUUGCACUAGCCGGCGCCAAAGAGCUGGGUGCACUCGAUGAGAGCAUGAAGCGUAUUUUCAAGAACUCUGCUUUGUAUAUAAAUUUUCAACUAACUGUGCAGGCGGCGGAGAGCGUGGGAUCCAUCCAAACCUGCCACCUGAUGCAUAAUAAUAACAGCAUGUUGGAGGUGCUCAAGAAGCUGAAGAAUUCGCGCCAGGCCUACGCUAAGGCGGAGCAGCUGCAGAACGAUGAUGCCGUCGAGAUACGUUACAUUGACUCGCCGAGCAAUUUCUACGUGCAAAAGGUCAACAACAUAGAGCAAUUCGAGCAGUUGAUGGACGAGAUGUUCGCCUAUUACAAUAUCAAUCAACUGGUGCCCGAACAGCUUGUGCUGGGCGCGCCCUGCGUGGUCAAAUGCGAUCGUGAAUGGUAUCGCGCGGAGCUGCUGCGCGUGGACGACACCACAAUUAUUGUGCGUCACGUGGACUUUGGCUAUGAGCAGCACGUGAAACGGCAUUUAAUAGGCAAUAUUGCCGAGAAGCAUCUGUUGAUGCCGCGUCAGGCCAUCAAGUGCUGUCUGAAGGGCUUCGAGAACAGCGAACUGAGUCAGGACAAGAUUACGGAUCAAUUCGAAAUGCUCGCCGAGGAAUCGAAUAUCAGACGUCGCACGUUUAGCGUGCGCGUCUUUCGCAUCGAACCCGACGGCCUCAACGUGGUCAAUCUGAUGGCCAAAAAUCUGAAUGUGAUGAAAAAGCUCUACAAGCUGUCCAUGCCCUUUGAGCAGUAUCUGUCGCUGGAGAAGGGACAGUUUAAUGCGAACGUUACACGCGCCGAGUCAAUAGCCUCCGAUGCGCUGCCGCAGCAGCUGGAGAAGGGUCAAGUGCUCAACUCGACGACCGUAGAGAGCGAGGAUCGCAUGCAGUUGCAGAAGCAGAAGAAAACAAACAAUGUCAAUGCUAAUGCUCAUGCUAAUACCAAUGCCAAUGAGUGGGACAAGCACAGCUCUGCCUCGACCAGCUCCAAGGAUACUCAAUCCCAGCAGAGCGGCGCUAAGCGGCAGCUGCAACAGGCACGCGUAGAACGCAAUGGCCCUGACGGCAAUUUGAUGCGACGCAGUCGUGAUAUUCGCCCCGACACGAGCUUCGAGAGCCGCAGCACCAGCAGCUACACAAGCGGCAUGAGCUCCCCGCGCAAGGGCAAUCGCCAGAAUGGACGCAAUCGCACGGAUUCGCCGCGUCUGCAAAAUGGCAAAAUGGAGACUAACAAAAAUUCACGCCUUAGCAACACUCAAUCGCCGCGUAAGGACGCGCAACAAAUGCAGCAGUCUCAGCGCAAUUCACCAAAUCAACGCUCGCUGAAUGCGCCGCAAGGUUUUGCACAGAAGCCGCAACGUCAGAAAUCCACACUCGAUGGCACAGCGUCCAGUUCGAAGCGUUCCAGCGGCGUGGAAAGCGAUGCCACCUCCAAUGCUGAAGCGGCGUCGCCAAAACCUCUGCCCGAGCCGGAGAAAUAUGUGCCGCUGGACAAAGCGUUUGCGCUGCACGACAUCAAAACACCCUCCAAGGAGGCAGCCAGUCUGUCCUGGUGGGUCUCGCCAUUCCAGUUCUACGUUGUGCCAAAGUCCAUAGCUGCCAAAUACGAGAGUGUGCUGAGAGAACUGCGCCAGUUCUAUCGCCAGAAGCCGCAUCAGCCGCUGCAGCUGAAGGUCGGCUCCAGUGUGGUGGUGCGCCAGCGCAAAGAUAAUGCCAUACUUCGCGGCACGGUGGUUGCCUGCAACCACAUGCUGCGCAAAUAUCGCAUCUUUUGCGUGGAUGCGGGUAAACUGCUGACUGUGACCUCUGAGGAUGUGUGGCAGCUGGAGCAGCGUUUUGCGGAGGUGCCCUGCCUGGCGCAACGCUGUAGCUUUGAUAGGGUGGUCACGAACUAUGAUCAUCUGUACAUAGUGGAUCGCAUGGAGAAAUUUGUGCCUGCCAAUGCCAAAGUUGAAUGCGAGUUCAGAUCCAAGCAGCCGCCAGCACAGCAGCAGCUACAGCAGCAUAACAACAACAACAGCUGGGGCACCUAUAUAGUCAAGAUGCUGGUGAAUGGCGCUUCGCUGCGGGACACCCUAAUCAAUGCACAGUUCCUUACAGAGGUGGCGGAGCCGGUGCGCGUUGGUCUUUUGGCUGGCCAGCAGGUGCGCGGCAAAUUCACUUCGAUUCGGGACAUGACGAACUUUAAGAUCCAGCUCGAGAGCUGCAGCGAUGUGAACUUCUUGUGCAGCUACGAUGAUGCCAAGUUUGUCAAGUCCAACAAGGAGUUGGCCAAGCCCUUCAAAGAGCACUAUGAGGGCAAAUCGUAUGCUUUAAAUAUUAAGCAUGUCUGUGAGAAUAAUAUCAUACACUUGCGACCUGUUAUGCCGCUCUUCAAGGAGGAGCGCAGCGCUUACAUUUGCGGCUACCCCGUUUUGGUCAGCAGCUUUCAGGCAUUGGUGGUUUACAUAGCCAAAUCCUACCGCAUCUUUGUGCAACCCAGCUCUGUGGAGCCAGCGAUGAAGAAGUUGCUUGAUGAUAUGUAUGCCUAUUACUCCAAGAAAGGCAAGCAACUGCGUAAGUUCGAGAAGGAUCAAGUUUGUGCCGCACUCAGCAGCGAUGGUAACUGGUACCGGGCGCGCAUUCUAGCCAAGGAGGCCAGAAGUGCACGCAUGGAUGUGCUGUAUAUUGACUACGGCAACACGGAGCAGCUGCCGCGUGAACAGCUCAAGCAGCUGGAGGAGAAAUUCUAUGUUAAUAAAAGCUGCUAUGCAGUUGAGGUUAAUUUGCCCUUUGGACGCAUCAACAACGAUGAGCAGCUGAAAGCUCGUCUGGCUAAGCUAUUGGAAGAGCAAGUGGUCACUGUGAAGCCCGUUGAGACGCGACGCAAUCAUCUGAUUGCCGAUGUGCUGCUGCCCAAUGGAAGUGACAGCGUGCUGGAGACUUUGAAGGCAGAAAAGCUCAUUGCCGGCAGGGAUAUUGAUUAUAUGCGCAAGCAGCUGGACAAGGAGAAACCACACAUAUACGAGUACAUUGAAUGCGUAGACCUAACCACCGAUGAUGAUGAGGAAUUGCAGCAGCGCAAAAGCAAAUCCAACUCGGCGAACAGCUCACCCAAGGCCAAGAAGGAGCCGAAAGAGCCUAAGGAAUCAAAUAAGCGCAAUAAGCAAGUGGAGCAGGCAGCACCAGUAGCUGCUGCUGCUCCUGUUCCAGCUGCUUCCAAAGCUGAAGUGAAGACAAUAGAACCAACGCCUAUAGCAACUGUUCCAGAGCCAGUGGAAGCAGUGGAGCCGCCAACAGCUCCGGUAAGCGAGGAAAUUGCGCCCGCAGUCACUCCUCCACCCAUCACUAUAGUUCCCAUAACCACACCGACACCCACACCUGAUCCGUACAAAGACAUGGAAAGAGCCGUGCUGAGUCACUGCGAUAAUCCUGCUCAUUUCUAUGUGCAUCCCCUAGAUGCGGUGCCCAAACUUAAGCGUCUGACAGAAAAUCUGCAAAUUGUUUCCCCAUCGUUGCCGCAACUUUUGGAAAUAGUAAACGGCGCCGAUUGCAUAUCGAUGUACUCCAUGGACAAGUCCUGGUAUCGCGCCAAAAUACUCGAUGCCGAGCUGAUGGUGCUGCAGUUUAUAGAUUUUGGCAACACCGAUUGCGUCUCGGACGCCAAAGAGAUUAAGCAAAGCAUGUGCUCACAAUUGGAACCCUUCUGUUUGCCCUUCGCGCUGCCCAUUGCGCCCAAUGGCAAACUGGACUGGGCAGAUGCAGCCAAUGGCAUAUUUAACGAUUCCUACGAGAAGAUCCUGCACUAUGAAUACUUAACGCAAGGUGACUGCUACACGCUCAGCUACGUCAACUUGUUUAUCGAAGGCAUCGACGUGGCCAAGAAACUUGUCAGCGAUGGCUUUGCCAAGCCUCUGGACUAUGUCAGCAGCGGCAGUAGCUGCUACAUCUCGCACGUGAACAGCAUCGCUGACUUCUAUAUACAGCUGGAAUGCGACUCCAAGGCACUGGAGCUAAUCGAACUAUAUCUGGGCGAUGCCGAGCAGCAGUUGGAGCCGCUGCAGCGUUUCGAGAAGGGCAGCAUUGUGGCAGCUCUCUUCGACGAUGAUGGACUCUUCUAUCGCGCCGAGCUGUUGCGUCAGCUGCCCGAUGCACGCUACGAGGUUCGAUUUAUUGAUUAUGGCAACACUUCCUCCACAUCCAAGUGCCUGUUGCUGUCGGAGCAAAUUGCCAGUGCGCCUAGUUUGUCGAAGCGCUGCGCUCUGCAGCUACCGGAAGAUUAUGUGGGCUGGUCCCAGGAGGCGGAAGCCAAGUUUGCCGAGCUUACGGGCGAGGGUGAGCUGGUUUUCACCACACAGCUGCUGAAACCGGGACUUGAGAAUAUCAUCAUACACCUGAUGCUGGAUGAGGAUAACGUAUUGGAUCAAUUGUUGCCGCUGUGCAAGCGCAAGCAGCCCAAGCCGCAGGAGCAACCCCAGAUUGACGAAAAAUCCGAGACCGAGUCGGGCUCAGCCAACGUCAUGGCCAUUGUCACCCAUGUGAAUAGCCCCUCGAGCUUCUACUUACAAUUCGAGGCGGACAACGUAUACGUAGACAACACCAGCGAGCUGCUGAACGGUGAGAGUUCCAAACUGCAGCCCAAGCAACAAGUUGCCCAAGUGGGCGAGCUGUGCGUGGCGCAGUUUGCCGAUGACAACGAGUUCUACCGCGCGCGCAUCCUGGAACAGCUGCCGGCCAAGCAGUUGCUGCAGUAUCGCGUUCUCUUCAUAGACUUUGGCAAUCAGGCACUGGUCGACAAGCUAUUUGAGUUGCCCGCGGAGCUGGCGCAGCUGAAGCCUCUAGCGGAGCUGCAUGCACUGGAAUCCUGUGCCAACUUUAUCAAAUAUCCCAAGGAGUCGCGCGAGGCGCUGGACGCGCUCAUCGACAGCUGCAACGGCGAGGUGGCCGUGGAGUUUGUCAACAAGUCGGCGCAACCACCGGUGGUCCGGCUAAAGACCAUGGAUAAACAAGCUCUAAACAUACACGAGCAGCUCCAAAAGCUGCUGGAGGCGGAACUGCUGAAGCCCCAGGCGCAGGCGAACAACAAAGAGUGCAUCAUUUCGCACGGCAGCUCACCCAAGAGUUUCUAUGUGCAGCUCAAGAAGAACUCCGCUCAGCUAGAUCUCAUUGUCAAGACGCUUCAGGGCGUGUCCAGUGAGCAGCUGCAGCCGCUGACAAGUCCCGCCGAGCAACUGAAUGGCGUGUGCUAUUCCCAAGAGGACGAUUGCUACUAUCGCUGCUGCAUCAAGCAGUUGCUGGCCGAGGACAAGGGCUGUGAGGUGUUUCUCAUUGAUUACGGCGGCAGCCUGAUCACUUCACAGGUGUAUCUGCUGCCCGAUCUAAUUUGGCAGAUACCGCCGCUGGCGCUGCACUGCCAGCUAAGCGAGAUACCACAGGAUGUGCCCGAGGCCAAGCUGGAGGAGGCUUUCACAGCGCUGCUGGAGCAGCAUUUUGGCGAGGUCUACGAGCUGGUCAACGAGCCUAAUGAGGACACAAAGGAGCUGCAGGCUGUGCAGCUGCGCAUCAACUACAAGGACUUUGCUCAGGAGCUGGCCAGCACUGUGGCUGGCGUGCAGCAGCCGCUCGAGGUGGAGCUGUACAAUUGCAUUGUGGUGCAGUACGACAAUGCGAAAUCUUUCUAUGUGCAAAUGGAACAGGAUGUGCCGGCUCUGGAGCAAAUGACCGACAAAAUGCUCGAUGCCGAGCAAAACUUUGAAAUAUUUACGGAGCUGCAGGUGGGCGCACUGUGCGUGGCCAAAUUCCCCGAGGAUGAGGUCUUCUAUCGUGCCGAGAUAGUCAAGCUGCUGGACGCUGGCAAGUGCGAGGUGCACUUUAUAGAUUUUGGCAACAAUGCGGUGACCGAUCAGUUCCGCCAGCUGCCCGAGGAGCUGGCCAAGGCGCCGCGCUACAGCAAACACUGCGAACUGGAGAGCGCCACCAUAGCCAAGUGCGAUGUGGCCGCUCUGGGCGCAUUCAUCGAUACGCGCUUCUCCGAGACAUUCCAGCUGGAGAUACUGGCCACAAAGGAGGAGCGCAACACGCACGUCGUGCGUCUAUUCUACCAGAAUACAAACAUAAGCGAGCAGCUGCGUCUGCAGAACCAGCCAUAGAUGAUCCUCACGUGGAACGAAUCCCCAAAACACAUCCGUCAAGCAAGCCGUCAGCAAAGUCAAUUGAGAGGCAUACGAAAUGUUUGGAGAUGCUAUAAGCACCCAUACACACACACACUUACACACUCUUUAUAUACACACACACACACUCAAGCAUAUUUGCAAUAUGAAUGCAAAAGAUUGUGAUUAGUUUUGGCUAAAAUAUCCGUUGUAUUACCUAAUUUAGUUGGAACAAGUUAAACUUAUUCAAACAACAGAAUUUUGAAAGCUCUUGAUUUUGUGGCUAUAUGCUUAUAGCCUGAAGCUUCAUUGAUUUUUCAUGGAAAACCAAACUGGAAGCUCAUUUAUAAUUUUCUUAUUAAUUAAUUAUAAAAAGAAAAGAAAAAACAAACAAAAAAAA